AUGCUCCGACGCGUCUUCCUAGCGACGUUGACCACGGUCCACCUAGUCCACGCGCAACAAAUUGGGGACGUCCCCGAAAUCCACCCCAAACUCCAAACAUGGAAAUGUACUACCAAGAACGGCUGCACACCACAAGAGACAUCAGUCGUCCUCGACGCGCUAUCCCAUUCACUCCACGAAGUGGGAAGCACCAGCAUCUCAUGCGGUGACUGGUCUGGCCUAAACAAGACUCUCUGUGCCACCGACGAAGACUGCGCCAAGAACUGCGUGCUCGAAGGUGUUGACUAUGCAAGUCGCGGUGUCAGCACAAACGGCGAUCAGUUGGUUCUUCACCAGUAUCUGCAAUCCAAUAACGAGACGACCGUUGCUUCACCGCGUGUCUACCUUCUAGACGAAAGCGGAAAGAAUUACGAUAUACUCAGACUUCUAAACCAAGAACUGAGCUUCGACGUUGAUGUUUCCUCGCUUGUCUGUGGUAUGAAUGGGGCGUUGUAUCUUUCUGAAAUGCUUCAGUCGGGAGGACGCAGUGAGUUGAAUCCCGCAGGCGCGCAGUAUGGGACGGGAUACUGUGAUGCGCAGUGUCCCGCGACGCCGUUUAUCAAUGGCGUUGCGAAUGUUGAGGCGAAGGGGGCUUGUUGUAAUGAGAUGGAUCUUUGGGAAGCCAAUUCGUUGUCGACGGGUAUACGCCUCACGCGUUGCAAUGGAGAAGAGUGUGGGAGUGAAGGUGUUUGUGAUAAAUCUGGGUGCGGGUUCAAUCCGUAUGCGCUUGGGGAUCAUGAUUAUUAUGGACACAAGAAGCUCGUUGAUACGAGUAGGAGGUUUACUGUUGUCACACAGUUCAUUACGGACCUUGAGGACGAAGAGAAUUUGGUGCAAGUCCGGCGGUUGUAUGUGCAGGAUGGGACGGUGAUUCAGAAUGCCGUGGUUGAGACAGCAGGGAUGGAGAUUGAUUCCUUGACGGAUGAGUAUUGUUCUACCACGGCGAGUUAUUUCGCAGAAAUGGUAUCUGGAAUGAUCCGGGGGGCGUUCAUGAACUGGCUGGAUAGUGGCGAUGCUGGGCCAUGUAACAGCACUGAAGGAGAUCCAAAGCUGAUUCAAGCCCAGCAUCCUGGAACUUCAGUGAGCUUUUCAAAUAUUCGAUGGGGAGAUAUCGGAUCUACUUAUGUUGGAUGA